AUGGAUGUUGACCCGACGGUUGAUGUUGACAUGGAUCUGGUAGUGGAUCUACCAGUGGAUGUUGACAUGGCUGUGUUACGGGAGCAAAUGUUAGAGCGCGUGCACGAGGGUCACCUGGGCAUCGAUCGGUGUAAGAGGCGCGUGCGCGAAGUUAUGUUCUGGACGGGCAUGAGCGCGGAAGUGGAGCGCGUGGCGCGCCGCUGUAAGGCGUGCGCGUUGCACGCGCCGCGCCCGCGUCGCCAGCCGCUCUUGCAACAUCACGUGCCGGAUUUGCCUUGA